AUGGCAACCAGAGCACCCCUCUGCCAGGCUGCGCGAAGACUAGAGGGAAAGGUGGCGGUGAUCACCGGCGGGGCGUCUGGCAUAGGAGAGUCUACUGCGAGGCUCUUCUCGAAGCAUGGGGCUAAAGUCAUUAUAGCUGACAUUAGCAACGACUUGGGCAAGUCGGUGUGCAAGGAUUUGGGGCCGGAGACCGCAUCAUUUGUACAUUGCGAUGUAUCAAGCGAAUCCGACAUUGAAAAUGCCAUUGCCACCGCAGUUGACAAGCAUGGAAAGCUGGACAUAAUGGUGAACAAUGCUGCGAUCGGGGACCCAACCAAGCUCAACAUAUUGGAGAACGACAAGGCCGACUUCGAGAGAGUGAUUGGCGUGAACCUGACGGGCGUUUUCUUAGGGUCCAAGCACGCGGCUCAAGCCAUGAUCCCGUUGCGAAGGGGAAGCAUCAUCAACGUCGGAAGCGUCAGCUCGAGCGUGGGCGGGGUUGCAUCCCAUGCGUACGCCAGCUCCAAGCAUGCCGUUGUCGGGCUCACAAGGAACGUGGCAGCGGAGCUCGGGCGAUAUGGGAUUCGCGUGAACUGCCUCUCGCCUUACUUCAUUCGAACACAACUUACAAAGGAGAUGUUCAAAUUCGACGAGAAUCCGGAAUUCCGAGUGUAUUCUAACUUGGAUGGGGCGACUCUUCAGCAAGAAGAUGUGGCGGAGGCGGCUCUGUUUCUGGGGAGCGAUGAGUCCAAGUACAUCAGCGGCCACAACCUGGCGGUGGACGGGGGCUUCACCACCAUAAAUCCCGCCUUUGGCUUGUUUGCUCGUGCUUAG